AAUGUCAGACUUGGAGAAAAAUAAAGAUAACAACGAAAGUAAACAAAACAAGAUAAUUGAAAAAGAAUCUACAACAAAUAGAGAAAGAGAGAGAGAAACUCAAGAAUUGGAGAAAAAGAGUACAGAUGAAAAUUCGGAGGAUGAAGGAGACUCGUGGGACCAACACUACGACGACUACGGAAAUUGCUUAGAUGCUGAUACGGCCAAAGAUCUCUCGCUGGCUGUUGGCAAGGUAACAAUUCAAAAGCCAGUAUUUGAUUACGACAAUUUAAAGACAACGGAUUGGAAUAUAGGAGAUAAAGAUUGCAGUCACCUGAUAGAAAUUUAUGACUUUCCUCCCACAACUAACACAGGUGAUAUCAUCAACGUAUUCAGGGACUAUUUAAAACGCGGUUUCGAUCUGAGAUGGGUUGACGAAACUCAUGCUAUUGGUGUUUUUACAUGUAAAGAAGCAGCUAUUAGCGCUUUAAAACAGAAUAGAGGACUUGUGAAAACUAGACCUAUAUCACUAGCAUCACAGCAAACAAAAUUGAAAGCUCAACAAUGUUCCGAUCUUUUUGAACCUCAUCAGUUACGACCAGAAACGAACGCGCUGAUAGCAAGGAAUUUAGUUAUUGGUGCCCUUGGUCUUGAUAGGAAUACCAAUAAGGAGCAGAGGGAUGAAGAAAGAAGACGACUUAAGGAAGCCAGAGAGAAAAAAAAAAGGGAAAUAAAGAGUAACAGAAGUGCCUGGGAUGGAAGUAUUAAGGGAUGUGCGAUGGACAAGUCUUAA